GACUCAAUCUUCAUCACAUGAUUACUUUCCUUUUGAGAGAUCGACUUAAAUAAGCUGUCUUUUACUUCAGAGUAGCUUAACUCUAGUUUGGAGUUGUGUUGUAAAAACUUUUUCUUUUUUUUUUUUCACAUUAAAAUUAAAACUUUGAAGAGAGAAGUCAUCAAGUAUGCAGUCAGCUCACAAGGAUGCGAGCAAACAAGAAGCUAAUGAAAAGAAGCAAGAGGAAGUAUAUUUUGUGUCAUCUCCUUGUGAAAUAGCGUAAAGAAGUUUGUCAGAUGUUAAAGACAAGCAGUACAAGUUUCAGAUGUUAAAGACAAGCAGUAAAGGACUUAUUUUUGCAUUAGCAAUAUCUGUAGUUAUUAAUAUUGUUUUAAUAGGUAUUGCUAUACAUUUUUCAGUUAAAGAAGAUAAGGGUGCUCGGUAUUUCUGCUCAGAUAAUUGGAUUGGUUUCCAAGAUAAAUGCUACUAUUUUUCUGAAGAAGAACAAGAUUGGAAUUCAAGUAGAUACGACUGUUUGUCUCAAAAUGCUAACCUAGUUUUGAUUACCACUACAAAAGAAAAACAUUUUCUUAAGCGAUUCAAGUGCACUUCUGAUCACUGGAUUUGGCGAGACAUGACAGAAAAUCUAACGGGACAAUGGGUGGAUGAAAACAUAUUUAGCAAAGGGAUUAAUAUGACAGGGAAUGAAAUAUGUUUUUACCUUAAUGAAGAUGGUGUUGCAGCAGCUAGAUGCUACACGGAGAGGAAAUGGAUUUGCAGGAAAAAAGUGCCCUAAAUCAGUUUCCGACAGUGGACUUGACAUCCAGGAAUAUGCACUCGUGAUCUUCACUGAAGAGCAGUAGCAGCCUUUGAGAGAGCUGCUAGAAGAGUACUCAUGGACACCAUGACAUAAUGAUGUCACCAACGUUGAAGACUGGUGCUAGAGAGCUGCAGCCUCUAGAAGAUUUAUAUUGUUUCAGUGAAAUAAAAAUCUCAUUUUCUCCUGAUAGGAGAAAUAAAAUUUAAAAAGACACAUUUGACAAUAACAAAGUCUGAUGUUAUCCCUGGCUCUCAACAGGAAAGGGGCUUCCCAGAUGGCUCAGUGGAAAAAGAAUCCACCUGCCAAUCCAAGAGUUGCAGGGGACAUGGGUUCAAACCCUGGGUCGGGAAGAUCCUCUGGAGAAGGAAUGGCAACCCACUCCCGUAUUCUUGACUGGAGAAUCCCAUGGACAGAGGAACUUGGUGUGCUCCAGUCCACAGGGCUGCAGAGAGUCGGACACAACUGAGUGACUGAGCACACAUGCCCUGAACAGGAAGAGGUAGCAUCUGAGCACUGUAAACAAUCUGAAUGCACCCUCACUGGAUGACCCAGUGUAUAACCAAUUCCCUUUCCCCACUAUUCUGAAGAUUUUUUGCUAAAUAAUCAUGCUCUUCAUGGGCUUAUGAGUUUUAUGAUGCACUUAAGCAAGGUGUUUGUUUGAAGAAAGACCCUACCACACAUGUUUGCCCUGGAUCUCACACCCAGGCAGAGUCCUUUACAAGCCCAAAUAUCCAGUAAUCAAUAAUUACACAGGGUCUUUGCAGUUGAGGGUAACUUAAUUUAUGUAAUAUCUAUGAAUAUUUACGCAAUCUAUCCCAUGGGAUAGAAUUAAUUUUUGUAAACUUCUGAAAGUGAAAGUGAAGUCCCUCAGUUGUGUCUGACUCUUUGUGACCCCAUGGACUGUAGCCUACCAGGCUCCCUGGUCCAUGGGAUUUUCAAGGCAAGGAUACUGGAGUGGGUUGCCAUUUCCUUCUCCAGGGGAUCUUCCCAACCCAGGGAUCAAAUCCGGGUCUCCCACAUUGUAGGCAGACACUUUACUGUCUGAGUUAUGUAUAUUGUGUGUAGACUCAAGAAAUUUCCUCUUCCUAUAUCUUAUGAGGUUGAACUAUGAGCCUAAAAUGUUGUGUUGACAUUCUAUUGCUCAGGACCUCAGACUGUGACCUUAUUGGAAUUUAGGGCUGGGGUGAGUGUAAUAGUGAAGACAUCAUUACUAUAGGCCUCAAGCUCUUUAGCACCAGUGGUGUUAUAAGAAGAGGAAAUUUGGAGUCAGACAAAACUCUUAACAAAGGGAAGACAAUAUGAAAACAAAGGGAAAAGACAGCCAGGUGACUGAAGUGAUAUACCUAUAAGUCAAAGAGUCCUAGGUAUGGCCAGCCAUUAUGAGAAGCAGGAAGAGGCAAGAAAGGACUGUCUCCUAGAGCAGUCUGAGAAAGCAUGACCCAGAGGACAUAUUGAUGUUGGGCCUUCCAGGCAGUAGCACUGUGAGACAGUCAAUUCCUGGUGUUUUAAAUCAUGCAGUGCAUGGCACUUUGUUAUGGCAGCAGUAGCAUUAAUACAUUGUAUUUCUGAAACUGUACAAACCCCUGUGUCUUUGUUUUUAAAGUAAAAGACUGACUCAAGAAUCAA